CACUUUCUAUAAAACCCACCUCAAUAUCCCCACCACUCUUCUCCAAACCAAACAUCUCUAUCUCCCUCACAACCCUCUUCCUUCAAACCAUUCUCUCUCUUCUCUCUCAAAGCAAACAAGAAGCUCACACAAAUCAAGCAGCUAAGCUCAGAGAGUUUUUCUUUGGCAGAGAAAACCACCAACCAAACCAGCCAACCAACCAUGAUGGUUCAAAGAGAAGAUUUGGGUCUGAGUCUGAGCUUGAGUGCUUUCCCUCACCAGAAUCAUAAUCCCAACAGCAAUAACAAUAACAACAACAACAACCUUCAGCUCAAUCUCAUGCCCUCUUUGGUCCCAACUUCAUCUUCGUCUCCUCAUUCUGGGUUCAAUCCCCAAAAGCCCUCUUGGAAUGAUGCGUUGGCUUCUUCAGAUCGAAACUCGGACACGUGUCGCGCCGCGCCCCGGUCCUUCCUCCGGGGCAUCGACGUGAACAGGCUGCCGUCGACGGGCGACUGCGAGGACGUGUCGUCGCCGAACAGCACUGUAUCAAGCGUGAGCGGGAAGCGAAGCGAGCGAGAGGCCAAUGGCGAAGAUCUCGACCUCGAAAGAGACGGCUCACGAGGCAUGAGCGACGAAGAGGACGGCGAGACCUCGAGAAAGAAGCUUAGGCUCUCCAAGGACCAGUCGGCCAUUCUCGAAGAGAGCUUCAAGGAGCACAACACCCUCAACCCUAAGCAAAAGCUGGCUUUGGCUAAGCAGCUCGGGCUCAGGCCUAGACAGGUGGAAGUCUGGUUUCAGAACAGAAGGGCAAGGACUAAGUUGAAGCAAACGGAGGUGGACUGUGAGUUCCUAAAGAGGUGCUGCGAGAAUCUGACGGAGGAGAACCGGCGGUUGCAGAAAGAAGUUCAGGAGCUGAGAGCACUGAAACUCUCCCCACAGUUCUACAUGCAAAUGACCCCACCAACCACCCUCACCAUGUGCCCCUCGUGUGAGCGUGUCGCGGUCCCACCAAACUCCACGCCACCAUCGGCCACCAUCGAUCCCCGGGCACACCAUCACCACCACCCGAUGGUGCCCGUCCACCAUCCGCGGGCCAUCCCGGUCGCCGGCCCGUGGGCCUCCGCCGCCCCCAUCCCGCAACAACAACGGCCCUUUGACGCCUUCCGCGCCGCGCGGCCGUGAUGCCCGUCCCGGUCCAGGGGUAUUUUGGUCCUUUUGGUCAGUGGGGCUUUUGAUAAUGCGAUGUUACUGUUUUAGAAUCCGUACGGAGUAUGUGCAAAAAAGAAGCGGUUGUAAUAGCGUACCAAUUCUUAUACAUAUUCUGAGCUCGAAGUUUAGGUCUCGGUCUCUAAGAUAUGGUUGUUAGAAGAUGCGAUUUGGUGGGUCUUAUGUGUUUUGUAGUAUUGGACCCAUCAUUCUCAUCAUCUUCUUCAUCUUCCUUUAUAGAUUAGGGUUUGGUGGUGGUACUAAUAUCUUCCCUCCUUUUCCAUAAACAAUUUGUAGGGGAAAGAGAGGGUUGGGAAAGAAGAGGAGGAGGACUUUUGAUGUAAAGUGUUGAUGUCUAAUUAUAAUUUCAUUUUAACAGAUGUUAAAAAGAA